AUGUCUCUCCGUGAAAACGAGUACUAUAUCAUCAUGAUAUUCUGCGGCGCCUUCGGCCUUUUUGCCGCGUUCACCCAGGGAUAUUUUGCCUGGAAGCCAGCUAAAACCCGAUACCAGCAAUUUCUGGAGCAGGAAUUGCUGGACCUCAGCAACCACGUCGAAAUGCUCCAUCAACGACAGAGCGACCGCCUCACUGCUUUAGAGGCUGCACUUGCGCUUGCGUGCACGCCGGCACCACCACCACCAGCAAUGGCACCAACACCCUACAUCUUGAGGGUUGAGUGUGGCUGCGCUUGCGCCCACUCCCCUCCACCUCCUCCACCUCCAUCGCCUCCACCUCCACCAGCCACGAGCUCGGAGAUGGAGGACGUCGCGGAGUCUGCGGCGGCAGCUGCAGCGGAAAUGGUCGCUCUGGCGACUACGACUUCUCUGGAGGCGGUCCCCGUCAUCCACCGACGGCGUGCGUAG